AUGUCCAAGACUGCUAUUGCUGCACACGAUGCUUCUUGCAUCUUUUGUAAGAUUAUCAAGGGUGAGAUCCCCUCAUUUAAAUUGUAUGAGACUGCUCAUGUUUAUACUUUCCUAGAUAUUCAACCUACUGCACCAGGUCAUACUUUAAUCAUUCCAAAAUACCAUGGUGCUAAAUUGACAGAUAUUCCUGAUGAAUACCUGCAAGACGUCUUACCUGUGACUAAGAAAUUGGUGAAACUUUUACAAUUAGACGUUGAAGGUCAAGAUGGUAUUGGUUACAACUUAUUGCAAAAUAACGGUAAGAUUGCUCAUCAAGAAGUUCCACAUGUUCACUUCCAUUUGAUUCCGAAGAAAGAUGCUAAGACUGGUCUAGGUGUGGAAUGGCCAGCUGCUGAACCAGACUUUGAAACCCUUGGUAAGUUACACGAGGAACUGGUUGCCAAACUGGAAAAGACAGAGUAA